GACAGUUCAACCCACUGACUGACUGAACAUUUCAAUUCGUUUUGUUUUGAUUUGCGAUCUCUAAUACCGUGGAUUCGCACUAAAGUAAAAAUGAGAAUUAUACUUAAAAGGUUUUUAACAGCGACAGGACUUCAGACUCGUCGAUAUGCUGUACGCUUUGCCUCCAAUGAUACAAAAACCGAGAAGAAAGAAGAGGAGAAAUUCGAAGAUAUUAGAAAAAAUAUAAUGGUGGAAAAAUUUGGUGCGAUCACUACACUUAACAUAGACCGUCCAAAAUGCCGUAACAGUCUUGACGAAGCCACUCUCAGAGAGAUUGAAGAGGCAAUGAAUACCUUUGACCGAGAUCCGGAAGCCAAAGUAUUGGUCAUCAACGGGGAAGGAGGCAGCUUCUGCUCUGGCUUUGAUAUGGACGAAAUAGGCACUAAAGGAUAUAACACUUUAAAAGAUGCUGCGACUCGACUCCUCCGCCGGCCUCUCUGUGAUAAGAUCACGAUAGCUUCAGUCUCGGGGUACGCGGUGGCAGAAGGCUUCGAGCUCGCGCUGUCGUGUGACCUGCGCAUCAUUGAGGAUACCGCCGUCCUCGGAUGUUUAGGAAGGAGGUUUGGUGUUCCACAAUCGUUGUUCGGCGGUCGCAAGCUGACGUCACUGAUCGGUUUGUCGCGCGCUCUCGACCUGCUCAUCACCGGCCGACUGAUCACGGGCACUGAAGCGCAUCAGUUCGGACUCGCCACUAAAGUCACGUCCACUGGCACCGCUCUUGGCGAAUCAAUGAAGCUCGCCAAAUCAUUGGUAAAGUUCCCCGAGAGUGCGAUGAUAAUGGACAAACUAGCGGCCAUCAACUCGCAGCUGAACCCCAACAGCGAGGAGAGCAUGCGCGACGAGGCCGUCAUGACCAGUCUGCUGGGGAACGCUAUCGAGGAUAUGAAGGAAGGCGUUAAGAAGUUCCAAGCAGGUAUCGGCAAACACGGCAAGUUCUACAAACUAACAGAAGUACCUCUUAAGGAGUGGGAGCUCGAAGACACCGACAGCAAAGUAUCUCUCGACUCGCAUAAUGUACAACAAAAAACGGACGACAAGAAAUCAUAAAAUAGGUUUCAAACAUAACCCUUAUUUCUGUAUCUGUAGUUUUAGGUAUGAAGGUAGGGCAAAUCAAUGUUAAGCUCAUAAUGGGCGAUAUUCUUGUAUUUAUAUGUUAAUUCUUGUGUUAAGUUUUAAUAUUUGUUAGACAUGGACUGUUUGAGCUGACAAGUUUUCGCGACACUUUAUAGCUGCGAUAGCUUUUUGUUUUUCAUGUCGGCCUUAGUAGCAGUCCGUUUAUGGUCGCUCUAAAGCUGGCUAUACAUGACACGGUAUUCCUGUUUUUAUUUUUACUCUAUAGGAAAGUACGGCCUAAACACACGACAGCACGGUUAGCCAAGGGGUUGAGCUCACCACGUCAAACCCACUUUGUCAACAACCUGUAAUGGGUGCGAUUCCCGCGUAUGGCAAAUGCUUGUACCGAGUGGGCGGGCGUUUUUGUGUCUUGAAUGUUUAUGAAUCGCCCUGAGACACAAGGAUUAAAGUCCUUUGAGCGGAAGUUUUUUUCUAUAACAUAAUAAUAACUGGUUUAUGUAUUUUGCCGUAGUGUAUGGUCAGUUUAAGAGUAAACACGAACAAUUCUUUUACGCUAAGAAUCCCCUGUAGUAUUAAAUGCCACAGCUUAUUGUUAACUUUGAGUGAUAAAAAAUUGUAUAGCCUCUUUUUUUUUAAUUACUUUGUUGUUGUUUAUGGUGCCAAAGAUACCUGUAUUUAUUAAUGCAACAUUGUUUAAAUUUCAUAUCAUGCCUAUGUAUAAAGGCUUGUUUAUUUUUCACCUUCAUAAAACGUAUCAUUUAUAGACGUAAGUUAACUAUAAAAAAAGGAAACCAGUCCCUUAAAUAUUUUGUCAUGUUACUCAGUAGAAACAAUAUUCAUCAGUAUUCUCAAGCAACUUCACUCAAAAAUAUGCUGAACUAUUUACUCUUAUAUUCAAGAAACCUACUAAUAUUAGGGCGCGCUUGUUACUCUAUCACGCAAAAACCACUGAACGGAUUAAGAUAAAACUUUGGUCACUACUUAUACCACUUGAUACUUGUUUAUAACAUAUAUUGUAUCCCGAAUUUAUGUUCCGUGGGUUAACUUUCAAUUGGUAACCGCGGGCAAGUUACCCUAUCAUAUUGUCAUGUUGUAUUCUGCUUAAACAGUAAACUUGAAUUGUUGUAAAAUAAAACAAAACUGUACAAAUAA